AUGCGCCAGAAAGGGCGGCACGUGGGCCCAAGCGCCGUCCUGAUUAGAAGGUGUAAGGGGAAAUGGCAGAAAACUUCGAAGUUACAGUAUCCCAACUGUCUGCACUGCGACCGCUUAUCGCGAAUCAGCAGCGAUGGCUCUAUCGCGCCACCACCCCCUGUACCAUCGAAUGAGAGUGCGACCAGACGGGAGAUUGGCUCGUUGCUCUGCACGCGCCCGAUUGCCCUGCAACGAGCGUCCCUCCGAGCUGCGUAUAUUCCUCCCUUCGGAUUUCCCCCCCCCUUACUCCGUACUUGGGGGGCCAACCGGCGACACCCAGUGAGCCCUGCACGUGGAGCGACGGUGUCAGUCGGGCUGGAUCCAUGGUAUCCUCUCCCCCACCCACCGGUCGAGCGUCUUCCUGCUGUUGAUUGUUGCCGCUGUUGGUAG